UUCUAAUUUCCAAGAUGGCGGCACCCAUUGACGUUAGCAAUGAAAUAUUUUCGACAGAUGUUCACACAAAUCUUGAAAAUAAAGGCAACAAUUGUCAUUUUAUUAAAGGCCAUUAUGACUAUAUUCAUUAUGGUUGCAAUAUGUUUGAUGAUAGGGGAUGGGGUUGUGGAUACCGAACUCUACAGACACUUUGCUCUUGGGUGAAACACCAGAGGACCUCAACUGGUCAGGCUGCCUGGGAGGUUCCCUCUAUUCUGGACAUUCAGCAAGCUCUAGUCACAAUGGGGGAUAAGCCUGCCAGAUUUUUAAACUCUCGAGAAUGGAUUGGGUCUUUUGAAGUGUGCCUGUGUUUAGACUAUUUUUACGACGUCCCAUGCAAAAUCAUUCACAUCAACUCAGGUUCAGAGUUACCUCAAUAUUUAAAUGAAAUUGCUGAGCACUUCAAACAAUUUGGAUCUCCUAUUAUGAUGGGUGGUGAGAGUGACGCUUCUUCUAAAGGAAUAUUUGGAGUCUGUUUGGAUCGUCCAGCUCUACUUAUACUGGAUCCCCACUAUUAUGGUCCCACACAGAGCCGAAAUUUCCUGCAGCAAAAUGGUUGGGUGGCAUGGCAUCCCAUGGAGAUAUUUUCACAUCACACAUUCUACAAUCUGUGUCUACCACAAUUAAAAGCAAACAUGUUAACAUAAUGACAACAUUACUUUAGUUGUUGAAUAUAUUAUGUUAGAUGUUUUAUUGUUAUAAUAAAUUUACUAUGCAAAACUGCAUAUUUGUUUUUUGUACCCUGCCUUUUGGUGCAGUUUAUUUAACAGUUAAAACUAAGAUUGGGAUAAGUAUUGUAUAGACUACCGUACUUUACUAUGUAUAACAUACAGUUUGUAUCCUCCAAAGUUGAAUUAAAAGAGUUGGUCCGCAUAUGUUACAGUACACACAGGAAUCACGAUUAACAACUACCAAUAGUUCUUAAGUAACUGUCACAAGAUGUAAAGCGAAAUGGCAGGACAGCUGCUUAGCACCAGGUUAAUCAGGGACCGCACUUUCAUCCUUAACCCUUUCAGUGCGGGAACCGAAUUUUGAAGGCCUUUGCAAACAGUUUGGAUCCAGAUGAGACGCCACAGAACAUGGCGUCUCAUCAGGAUCCAAACUGUUUGCUAUUCUGAUAAUAUUCUUUGAAAAAAAUCGAAGAAAAUGCUAAUUUUAGAAAUUCAGCAGACGACAUUUUAGCAGACGACCAAUUUCCCAGCAUGCAAAGAGUUAACUUGAUUUUGGCUAAGAAGAUACUUGCUUUAAACAAUAAAGUGGAAAGUGAUGUGCCUGACUAGCCUGUGCGGACUGCAAAAUUUAAUGCAUUUAGCCCUGUUUUCCAGGAGCGCUGCUCAUGCAUCUUGAAAAACUCUUAGUUUUCUGAUACUUGAAAAUAAUUUUUAGCUCAUCUAUUUUUUGAAAAAAAAUUAUGAGCUAUUGUCAUCACCUUGGCGUCGGCGUCGGCGUUGGCGUCCGGUUAAGUUUUUCGUUUAGGUCCACUUUUCUCAGAAAGUAUCAAUGCUAUUGCAUUCAAACUUGGUACACUUACUUACUAUCAUGAGGGGACUGGGCAGGCAAAGUUAGAUAACUCUGGCGUGCAUUUUGACAGAAUUAUGUGCCCUUUUUAUACUUAAAAAAUUGAAAAUUUUGGUUAAGUUUUUCGUUUAGUUCCACUUUUCUCAGUAAGUAUCAAUGCUAUUGCAUUCAAACUUGGUACACUUACUUACUAUCAUGAGGGGACUGGGCAGGCAAAGUUAGAUAACUCUGGCAUGCAUUUUGACAGAAUUAUGUGCCCUUUUUAUACUUAGAAAAUUGACAAUUUUGGUUAAGUUUUGGGUUUAGGUCCAUUUUAUUCCUUAAGCAUCAAAGCUAUUGCUUUCAUACUUGCAACACUUACUAACUAUCAUAAGGGGACUGUGCAGGCAAAGUAAUGUAACUCUGACUGGCAUUUUGACAGAAUUAUGUGCCCUUUUUAUACUUAGAAAAUUGAAAAUUUGAUUAAGUUUUGUGUUUAGGUCCACUUUAUUCCUACAGUAUCAAAGCUAUUGCUUUCAUACUUGCAAGAAUUAUGAACUAUCAUAAGGGGACCAUGCAGGCAAAGUUAUGUAACUCUGACUGGCAUUUGGACGGAAUUAUGGGCCCUUUAUACUUAGAAAAUUGAAAAUUUUGUUAAGAUUUAUGUUUUGGUCCACUUUACCCCUAAAGUAUCAUAGAUAUUGCUUUCAUACUUGGAACACUCACAAACUAUCAUAAGGGUACAGUAAAAGGACAAGUUGCAUAACUCUGGUUGUCAUUGUUACGGAAUUAUGGCCCUUUUUUGACUUAGUAACUUUUAAUAUAUGGUUAAAUUUUGUGUUUCGAUCCACUUUACUUCUUAAGUAUCAAGGCUAUUGCUUUCAAACUUCAAAUACUUACAUGCUAUCAUGAGGUUACUGUACCUGGCAACUUGAAUUUUACUUUGACCUUUGAA